UCACCGUGGAUAUCCGAAAGUCGACUAGUUAAAUGGCCAGUGAUCAGGUGAGCCUGUAACCCGGAUGAUGGUGUCAGACUCUGGCCUCGUCGGUGGAGCUCGCUAGCGCCAGAGGUUUUAAAAAAUAAAUAAAUAAAGCGAAAGAUGAGGGCGACCCGGAGCAAACAGAGCCUCCUGCGUGUCUGCGUCCUGACCUCUUUUAUUUACCUGCUCUGUUCCACCUGCGCCGGGCACGGACUCAUGACCGGAAACAAGAUGCUGAAGCGCGGCCGCCGGAGUUACCUGAAGCAGCAGCAGCACCACCGGCCGCUGACGGACGAGCAGGAAGCGGACCAGAACCUGCAGUUCAUGUUGAGUUUGUACCGGAGCGCAGCCGAACCGGACGGCAGGCCCAGGCAGCACCGGAAGUUCGGCUCGAACACUGUUCGUCUGCUGAGGCCGACGACGUCUUCGGCGCGACACCUGCCGACGUCGAGAGACCAUCACUACAGCUUCACCGUGCAUUACGACCUCGACACGCUUCCCUCAGAGCAGCUGGUCAGAGCAUCAUUCAUCCACCUCCGCUCUUCAUCUUCUACCUCCUCAUCCUCCACGACCUCCAGCGCCCAGGCCUUCCCCGCGCCCCGCUGCAUGGCUCAGAUCACCUCGCUGGGCGAAGAGAGCCUGGUCACUCUGGAGCCCCACGAGCAGUGGACGGAGACGGAUAUCACCGCGCACGUCCAGCAGGGGAGAAGCCGCGGCACGGGGGGGCACUUGACCCUCACUGCCCAGUACUGGUGCACCGAUCCUGGGCAUGCUGACGAGGACAGCGGCCUCUCCAGGUGGUGGACUCAAAGGGGGAAAAGAUGGAGAGGUGAGCCUCACGUCGAGGUCCCGUCUCUGCUUUUAUACCUGGAGGAGGAGCGGGAGGGCAAGGACUGGAUGGAGGACUUGCUCGGGGCCGAGGGGGAAAACGUCAUGAGGCAGAUGCGUCCGUGGAAUCCUCCUCUUCGACGGCGCCGGAGCUCCAAAAACUCGUCAGAGCCGAAGGAUCCGUCUGACGCUCUGAAAAACGCCCCGUCCUCCUCCUCUUCCUCUCUCUCUUUCUCCACCUCGCCCUCCGCCUCCAUCCUCGCCGAAAUCCCCACCUACAAACGCAAAACCGGCACGCCCAAGAACCGCUGCAAGCUCCACUCGUUCCGCCUCUCCUUCGACGAGCUCGGCUGGGGUCGCUACUUCAUCGCGCCGCCAGUGUACAACCCGCGCUUCUGCAAGGGGAACUGCCCCCGGGUGCUCCACUACGGCUACCACUCGCCGCACCACGCCAUCAUCCAGACGGUCAUCAACGACCUGGGCGUCGGGGAUGUCCCGCCGCCUUCCUGCGUGCCGUACAAGUACAUGCCCAUGAGCGUGCUGGUGGUGGACAAGAAGAAGGUGGAGUACAAGGAGCUGGAGGACAUGGUGGCAGAGUCAUGCACGUGUCGCUAAAGACAUGCUAUGCACUUUGGAUUUAGACUGGGGGGGGGGGGUGUGGCGGAUUUGAAGGGUUUUUGAUCUACAGCUUGGCGGUUAACCACAAUGAGCUGCAGACUCGAAGGAGGAAACCUGGAGCACUUUAAAACGAGGCCUGUUAGGAACUACGAGUUGUGCAGAUGGAAAUGUCUAUUUACUGCUUAAAAAAAAAAAAAAAAAAAAAAUGUUGGAGUGAUUGUUGGUUAAAGCACUGUUCAGACUGUUCAAUGUUCCAGUUUGUAACCAGAAGUAUUUCAGCUGCUUGAGGGGGGGGGACUUAUCAAACUGUGAGGGGGGGAUACUUAGAAUGCCGAAAUAAACUUUGACAGUCACUUGGUGAAAAGGACGAAACAUCAGUGGUAACUUUUAAAGAAAACAUAUUUAUCUCAAAGAAAAGAGUGCUUUUUUUUCUCUCUGUAAUAAAAGUAAAUAAAAACAAAGGACACAUUUAGAAUCCAUAGACGUCCAAUUAUUAUUUUUGUUUUCUGUCUAUUCAUAUUUCUCUUGGUCACUCUUUUAAAAAGCUGAUCUGUUUUCACAUCAUGGCUGACAAACCUUUAAAAAAAAGUCGGUUUGUGGAAGAGUAAUUAUGGCACUUUUUCAGGCCUCGGAGAGAAACGAGGGGUAGAAAGAAACCAAUUUUAAUGGAAGAGGGGGUUGAGCGAUGUGGAUGCAGCUUUAAAGGCCUUGUAGCGUUAUAUUUUUUCAGCUGUGGACGGUAGAAAUGUAGAAAUAUUUAUGUAGGGAGUGGUAUCCAAAAAAAAAA